GUGCAGCCCUAAAUUGCGGCGUCGUUUGAAAGAAACUGUAAACUAGUACCAAUACCAGCGCAUAACAAAAAAAAUAGAAAAAAUACAAUCAACAAUACGACAAGAGCUGGUUGAAAGUUAUCAAAUUAGGAUUUGACCUUAAUAUAAAAGAAAUAUAAACCAUUUUGUGUUGUACAAGGUUGCACAGAAAACCGCGCCUUCGGCAAUCUUGAUUUCCCGUGGCUACGAACUUCUGACUUCCUGGUUUUCAAACAUCUUUCGGGAGGAUGACACUGCCGCGCUUGGAAACUCCGCUUCGGCGAUCCGCGGUAGGUAGUUACCACGAGGGCGUCUCCCGGAUGAUGACACCGCUGAACGACGACGAGGCUGAAAGGCGGGAAGCCCGCCGACGCACGCUCCUUCAGCAGCAGCGCCAAAGUACUCUGGAGUCCAUCGAGGACAAUGAGACGAUCAGGAACUGUUUAGAGAUCUAUAACGGCAACAAACUGAGCAAGGACAACGCCUGGAAUCUUACUCUUAUUGAUUCCUUGGCCAAUUUGCUAGAUCACCAUCACAAGCGGAUGAGCAACUUCAAGAUUGCAGGUUCCUCGCUGGAGGCUUCUUCCAAGGUGUACGGGCUGAGGGUGGACUCCAUCUACCUGGAUGCCAUGCGAAUUUCAGCUGGUUUGAGUGCCCGUACUCUAACGGACAAGCAAAUAAACGCUGCCGAGGACGAUGAUGGUUCUCAAGUUGAUCAGGGUGCGGGCGAAGGGCAGGAUGCGACGCAGCAGGCCCAAAAGGAGGCAGCUCCCAAGCCCAAGAGGCAGAAGAAGAACGUCUCCACCGUUACCAAGAACAGGGACACCUUAAACAGCCGUCUGGACACGGCACCUCUUCAGGACCCUGUCUUUGGCAAGCUCAACUCCACAGUGGGCUCGAUAAACGCCUCAAAUCGCCUCAUGCACAACAUUCUGCCUAGUCUGGACUCGGAGCUUCGCCUGCGCACCACCUAUAAAUUUUGGGACAACGAGGAGUCCACUGGAGAGGUUCAGGACCACACUACACUCAAUGCAAACGCGGAACAGUGGCCAGCUGAAUCGCUGGUGAGCUCUGCCUGGCUGCUAAAGUUGCUCCCCCAUGCUGAGAGAUUUAAUUUGCGUCCCCUGCACACGGGCUACAUUAUUUCAAGUGCUCCCAACCCCAAAGCGUCCAACGACAAGCCUGCAGAGGCGACGAUGGACGACGAUCAACAUGACGAUGGGCUGGAUAUUCCUGACGAUAUGUGUGUAAAUGAGAUUUCCAUGGCCUUUGACAUCAACGCCGAGUGUGAGCCGAUGCCGGACUUAGAUGCACCACCGCCGCCGGUCCUCGAGGUGGACUCCAAUGAGCUGCAAGAGCUCACCACCGAAGAGCAAAUGGUGAUAAACAACUGCCGUCGGCUGCGCAAGCAGACAGAGUUCAUCGAAGAUCUGCGACCGGUGGAUGGUCACUCCAAGCUAGAGUAUUCCUACAGGCCGAUGGAGCAGAUCUCCCAGUUUUGGGCCGGACCCUCACACUGGAAGUUUAAGCGCACGCGGCCGCGCAGCACUUUUUCCCAAACCAAUGGGCAGGCGGACAUCCAGCCUGUUCGUAGUCAACGGCCCAAGAAGUCCAACGUUCUGGCCGCUAAUCGUAGGGCCAAGGCGGUGGCAUACGGAAAUGUGACGGAAAACUUCUUCCAACCGCUGGAUACGACAAUCAAACAGCGUAGAGUGAACUUCCAAAAGAAGUGGGACGCCCGCAAGCUGAUACUGCCCACAAAAUUCAGCUUGGACCCGGAUUACUUCUUCAAAUACGACUCGGCGCCCAGCAUUAAGUUGUCCCAGGGUCUAGAAGAGCCUGAUUCAGAUGAGGGCGGUGAUCUGGGCAUUGACAUGGGUGCUGACAUGCAUCACGACGAGGACAACGAUCAGGAGCUGUUCAACAACGAGCACUUCACCGAUGCCGUUCCCGCCAACGUAAGUGUUAUGGCGGCGAUGGCCGCGGAGCCGGGAGCCGAGAAUUCGAUGGAUGUGGACGCGGGCGAGAUGAGCGUCAACCAGAUGAAUGCCACCUGCAAUAAUACAGCUUUCGAAAUUGGCACAGAGUUCGAGGGUGCUCCGUCGCAAGUUGCAAAAGUGGUUGUGCCAUUUGCGAAACGAGCCAAGGUGAUAGACAUGAAGAAUCUGAAAAAAUCUUGCUAUUCCCUGAUACAAAAAAAAUUGCUCACCGCUGUUCCCGAGGAGACGAUAGCCACGCAUCCAAAGAAAAAAGACGAGCACUAUUCAAAGGGUGUUGCCAGUUUCCAGUCGGUGUAUCGCGAUCUGCCCAACCUGCUGACCUCCAAAAUGGCAGAUUCCCUCUCUCCAUCGGUGGCCCUCUAUGCAGUUCUGCAUUUGGCCAACGAUCAGAAAUUGCGCCUUAUUCAGCAAGAUAAUUUAGAGGACUUUCAAAUCCGACAAGUCUUGGAUUGAGAUCUUCCAUUAACUAUAAAGUUAACAAUAUUAGUUUUCCCUUAAUGUCUUUUCAUUGUCACGGCUAUCUCUUAAUCUCUAAACUUUAGUUUUACCCAGUUAACAGUUUUACCCAGUUAACAGCACUCGUGUCAGUAUUCCCAAAGAACUACCCUCACCCCAAUCGAAUCUGAUUUUAAUUCUUAGACGAAGUAAGGUUCCGGCGAACUCUGAUUUUAUAAAUUAUUUAAUAAAUAAUUACAAAACUAAA